AUGCACUGCUUGUGCGGUUUUGUUCUUGACCUCAUCGACCUCUCACUUGACGACAUCGUUCAUAACGACCAGUCCGCGACCAACUCUGCUGAGGACUCCGCGAACAAAAUGAGUUUUCAAGAUAUCGAAGCUGGCCAUGGGCACCCGUCGCGGGCCCCGUCAUCAACCCCGCAGUCGCGCGAAGACAAUGCGUUCCAGAGUCUGCAAUCGUCCCUGUCACUGCAGGUCUUCAAGAUGAACGCCAACGUGCAGGGAAUUCUGAAGCUAGUCGAUCAACUUGGCACACCGAAGGACUCCGCCCCUCUGAGGAAAAGCUUGCAUGAUCUGACGGAGACAACGCGGGCUAUGGCGAAGAGGGGCUCAGAGGAUUUAAAGAAGCUUUCUACCCUACAAGCAACUCUGCCUCAUCAAAAGACUGCACUUCAGAAGACUUCGCAUGACUUGCAAAUGUCGCUGGUCGCAUUUCAACGUGCCCAGCAGGUGAGUGCGGAGAGGCAGCGGACGGUGGUCCAAGGAGUUAAGUUGGCAGUUGAUGAUGAACAUCAUCAUCCUCCGAACCCCGAUGAACCAGAACCUACACCCCAGGAGCAACGACAGGCGCAAAUCCUGCAAGCGCAACUUUCUCCACAUGAGCUGGCUUAUCAAGAAUCGCUCAUCCAGGAGAGAGAGGCCGAGAUUCGGGAAAUCGAGACUGGUAUUCACGAAUUGGCGGAAAUCUUCCACGACCUUGGAACACUUGUGAAUCAGCAAGGCGGUAUGCUUGAUAACAUUGAACUAAACAUAUCGUCUGUCGCCACGGACACCGCCGAUGCUUCUCAAGAGCUCACGACAGCGGCGGACUACCAGCGAAAGGCAGGAAGGCGCGCUGCAUGCUUGGUGUUGAUUCUCGCCAUCGUAGGGGCAGUAGUGUUGCUCGCUUACAUGGGUUUCGCGAGCUUCACAGUGCUCAUCUGGGAUCAUAUCGACACAUUUGUGGCGGAGGUGGAGUACAUCUGGAAGGGAAAGAAAGGGUUGCUCGUCUAUCUUUUUCUCAUCAACCGCUAUUUGACACCACUAGGAUUUAUUGUCAAUCUUUUCGCUUAUCUGUCACCUGUGUGGACACCAGAGCCUUCGUCCGACUGCGCCGGGUCUAUGACUGUCAUCGGCAUCAACAUCGUCGCUCUAAUGAUGUUCAUCCGGAUACGCGCGCUCUACCACCGGCAAUACUACGUCCUUGGGGUCGUUGCCUUUCUCUUCCUUUUCCAGGUGUGCAUGAAUGGCUGGCUCCUCACCAGAGGAGAAGCGGUCGUGCACAAUCCUCAAUCUCACAUUCGCGCGUGCACCAUGAUCUUCGAUCCAUCCAUAAGCGCGCUGGCGUCGUCGUCUGCAUGGUUGCCGCUCCUUUACGACACCGUCGUUGUUGGUCUUACGCUUUAUCGGACGCUACCUUCUUUGAAGAAUCGAAAUACGUCCUACGUCAUGAAGAGGCUUUCUCAGGACGGUCUGAUUUACUAUAGCGCUAUCUUUGCGGUCACUGCCGUCUUAACUAUCAUGAUCAUCGCUGCCCCUCCUGGUUUGAAAAACAUCACUGCACAACUUGAAUUGCUCCUGACUGUCGCCAUGAUGUCCCGAAUCACCCUCAACCUCAAGAAAUCCGUCCGCAAACUGAAUGACACCGGCGUGAAAGCCCAAAUGCCCAGCCUCUUCACCCAGAGGAGCCAGCUGUCGGUGAAUCCUGACAUCAAGAUUGUCGCACCUGGUUUCAACCAACAGACGGCCACGACACAGACUCUUGAUAUAGACAAUGAGUUCCCGAUGUCACGCUGGAGCAAGAGGAAAGGCCGGAUGCAUGAGUCGGCUUGGGAGAUCGAGAUUGGUGAGGUGAUGGCAAAUAGAGAGGAGGCGAGAACGCCUGAACCUCUUGUGCCGUCGACAAAUGGCAAGGUCAAACUUCCGCCGGCAUAG